UAUUAUCGCUGUAUAACGUUGAGCAGACCUACCUAGAUACUUGACUAAACCAUUUUGGAGCAAAACACCCCGCUAUCUCAAACCCGAGAUUUUCAAUUCCAAACCCGAGAAAAGUUCUCUAUAUAUAUUUUGCGUCACUCAUCAGUUUUUUCCACUCCCUGGUUCCAAAUUUCCCAUCUCAUAGCUUCACUGCUCUCUGCCAUCUAAAGAAAGAGAUACAUUGGAACUUCAGAUCUCAUUAUCGUUCUCAAACUCCAUCAUGAGUCCCGGCACAAUCCUUGACUCCAAGCCCAAAACCCAACUGAAUUACUUCUCUACAAAGCUCCCACAAGCCCAGACCCAUGCUCGCCUGAACAUAGCCCUCGCUACCGCCCAUCAGCGCUACACCACCGCCAACCCAACUUCAUCCCGCUUGCACGUAGAAGCAACAUCGCACCUCCCGGGCGGCAACACUCGUUCAGUCCUCCACGCUUCCCCCUUUCCUCUCUACAUCACUUCCGGAACUGGAAACACACUACUGGAUGCUGACGGCCAUCAUUACCUCGACCUUGUGGGCGAUAUGACCGCCGGCCUCUUCGGGCACUCGCAGCUCAAGAUCCAAAUGACACUCGUCAAGACCAUUUCCUCUGUGGGACUGAAUCUUGGUGCUACGACGUCCACAGAGAGCCAAUUUGCCGCGGUCAUUAAGGAACGCGUAAAAUGCAUCGAGCAACUCCGCUUCUGCAACUCCGGUACCGAAGCGAACCUCUACGCCCUCAUUAUCGCAAAGAUCCACACUAGGAGACGUAAAGUGCUAGUUUUCAAGGGCGCGUAUCACGGUGGCGUGUUAGGGUUUGCGGCAGGUGUAGCAGUCAACAAUGUAGACCGGGACGAGUGGUUAAUUGGAAAAUACAACGAUGUUGCUGGACUGAGGGAGCUGAUAACACAGCACAAGGGGGAAUUGGCAGCCGUGUUGGUCGAGGGGAUGAUGGGCGCCGGGGGAGGUAUCCCCGGAUCGGCGGAGUUCUUGCACGCUAUACAGGACGAAUGUAGAUUCAACUCCAUCAUCUUCAUCCUCGACGAAGUAAUGACCUUCCGCCUCGCCCCCUCCGGCCUCCAAUCCACCAUCCUCCACCCCAUCACCCACCAGCCCCUAUCCCCCGACCUCACUACUCUCGGCAAAAACAUUGCCGGCGGCAUCGGCAUAGGCGCCUUCGGCGGCCGAGCCGAUCUGAUGGCAGUCUACGACCCCCGCACGUCGCCAGUCCCGCACUCCGGCACCUUCAACAACAAUUCGCUUGCUAUGGCGUGCGGGCUCGUCGCUUUACCCCAGAUCUACACGCCCUCCGCGUGUCUCGAGCUGAACGCGCUUGGCGACGAACUACGCGCGAGGUUGAACGAGGUCGGCGCGGGAACGAAGAUGAAAGUCACCGGACUCGGCGCCGUUAACACGGUCCAUUUCGUGCCUAACCCCGCUGCGGAGAUACGCAGUGUAGAGGAUCUUGAGGUUGACUACGGGGGGUUUGAGGAGGCGUUAAGGGGGUUGUUUUACUUCUGGGCGAUUGAGAAGGGGUAUUGGGUUGCAACGCGGGGGUUGAUAAGUUUGAUACUCGGUACGACGCGCGAGGAGGUGGAGGGGUUUGUGGAGGUGGUGAGGGAGUUUGUGGAGGAGUAUAGAGAUGCUUUGAGGGUCUAAGAAGAGGGCGGGGGUGAACUCCUGAAUAAGGCUUGGUUACGUGAAGAAAAUGGCAGUACGUUAGGUGCACGUAGCAUAUGCUUUUAAGUGC